AUGGCAUCCACUUGUACCAACAGCACGCGCGAGACCAACAGCAGCCACACGUGCGUUCCCCUCUCCAAAAUCCCCAUCAGCCUCGCUCACGGCAUCAUUCGCUCGAGCGUGCUGAUCGUUUUCCUCACUGUCUCGUUCGUUGGCAAUGUAGUGCUGGCGAUCGUGCUGCAGCGCAAGCCGCAGCUAAUGCAGGUCACCAACCGCUUCAUCUUUAACCUGUUGGUUACCGAUUUGCUGCAGAUCUCGCUGGUGGCCCCCUGGGUGGUGGCUACUUCCGUGCCUUUCUUCUGGCCUCUCAACAGCCACUUCUGCACUGCCCUGGUUAGCCUCACCCACCUGUUUGCCUUCGCCAGCGUCAACACCAUUGUUGUAGUGUCAGUGGAUCGCUAUCUGUCCAUUAUCCAUCCUCUCUCCUACCCGUCCAAGAUGACCCAGCGCCGUGGCGUUCUGCUCCUCUAUGGCACCUGGAUCCUGGCCAUUCUGCAGAGCACACCUCCACUCUACGGCUGGGGCCAGGCUGUCUUUGAUGAACGCAAUGCUCUCUGCUCCAUGAUCUGGGGGGCCAGCCCCAGCUACACCAUCAUCAGUGUGGUGUUCUUCAUCAUCCUCCCACUCACUGUCAUGAUUGCCUGCUACUCGGUGGUGUUUGGGGCAGCCCGUCGUCAGCAUGCUCUGCUCUAUAACGUCAAGAGCCACAGCUUAGAGGCGCGGGCCAAGGACUGUGUGCAGAAUGAGAAUCAAGAAGGAGAGAAGUCCGAGGUGGAGGGUGAGAGUGAAUUUCACGGCCAAGACGAAGGUGAGGCCAGGGAGGGCAGCAUGGGGUCCAUGGAAACCCAGCGUGGCAGCAUGGAGGCCCGUGAGGGUCACAUGGACGGUAGGGAAGAUGGCAGUGAGGUUGGGGAGAGCAGCAGUAACGCAGACAAGAGCCGAGAAGAGGUCAGCCAGUGCAACAUUGACUUGGGUGAAGAGGACAUGGACUUGGAUGAGGAUGGCAUCAAUUUCAGUGAUGAUGAUGUUGAAGCAGUGAAUAUGCCAGAGAGCCUCUCACCCAGCCGCCGGAACAGCAACAUUGACCCUCCUCUGCCCAGGUGUUACGAGUGCAAAGCUGCUAAAGUGAUCUUCCUCAUCAUUUUCUCCUAUGUGCUGUCCCUGGGACCUUACUGCUUUCUGGCUGUCCUGGCUGUGUGGGUAGAUGUCCAAACCAAGGUCCCCCAGUGGGUAAUCACCAUCAUAAUCUGGCUUUUCUUCCUGCAGUGCUGUAUCCACCCCUACAUCUAUGGCUACAUGCAUAAGACCAUCAAGAAGGAAAUCCAAGACAUGCUCAAGAAAUUCUUCUGCAAGAAAAAGCCCCCCAAGGAAGACAGCCACCCAGACCUGCCUGCAACUGAAGCUGGUACAGAAGGUGGCACUGAAGGCAAGGUCACUUCCCAUGAUUCUAUUACCUUGCCUUGA